AUGGGCGACUGGAAAAGCUACAUAAGUGCGGUGCUGCGGGACCAGCGCGUUGACGACGUGGCCAUCGUGGGCCAUUCGGACAAUAGCUGCGUGUGGGCAUCGCGGCCCGGGGGCCUGCUGGCGGCCAUCUCCCCGCAGGAGGUGGGUGUGCUGAUAGGGCCGGACCGGCGCACCUUCCUGAAGGCCGGCCUGAGCGUGGCGGGCCGCCGCUGCUGCGUCAUUCGCGAUCACCUGCUGGCCGAGGGCGACGGAGUACUGGACGCACGCACCAAGGGCCUAGACGGGCGCGCCGUCUGCGUGGGCCACACUCCGCGCGCGCUCCUCGUGCUCAUGGGUCGGCGGGGCGUGCACGGAGGCAUGCUCAACAAGAUGGUGCACGGGCUGAUCCGCGGGCUGCGUGCGCAGGGCACCUAGCAGGACAGCCAGGCGGCGCCAAAAUAAAGUCUGACCUGGGCGUGGCAGACAUCCUCUGGUUGCGCGGCGCGUGGGGCGGGGGUUGUUGCAGAUGAAAAAAACGGGUCUACUUGAAGA